AAAAUUGGAUUUUUUUUUUUUUCACUUGAUACCCACUCACUUUAAGCAGCUACCAAGAACUUUCUUUGGGUCUUUAAAUCAAUUAAAAAAAAAAAGAUGUACAUCUAGAUAUCAUCACCACAUUUCAACCCCUAUAAAAAUGACAAAUGUAAACAUGAAUGUCAUAUUAGUAUUCUGUAAUGUAAAAUGGAUGAAACUUGUUCCAAAAUUCAAUCAGAAGAUGAUGAUCAAGUAAGGAAGCAGCAAGAAGAAUCAUGUGAGACAAUCACACUCAGACCCAUGGAACUAUCUGAUGUAGAUGACUUUAUGGUUUGGGUUACUGAUGAUAGGGUGAGUAAAUAUUGCCUCUGGGAUACUUACACUUCAAAGGACCAGGCCAUAGAUUUCAUCAAGAACCGUGCUAUUCCUCAUCCAUGGUUAAAGGCAAUUUGUACCAACAACAGGGCAAUUGGGACAAUCUCUGUUACACCAAAUUCUGGGAAUGAUAAGUGCAGAGCUGAGUUGGGAUAUGUUCUGGCACAUAGUUUCUGGGGCAAAGGGAUCAUGACAAAAGCAGUGGAGAUGGUGAUUUCUACCAUUUUUGAAGAGUGGCCAUAUCUGGAAAGAGUGGAAGCACUUGUUGAUGUGGAUAACAUAGGUUCACAGAGGGUUCUUGAGAAAGCAGGGUUCCAAAGAGAAGGUGUUUUGAGGAAGUAUAUUUUCUCAAAGGGGUCUUGUAGAGAUUUGGUCAUGUUCAGUUUUCUGUCUUCUGAUAGGUGAUCAUAGAUGAUAUGGAUAAAUUGUAUCCUACCUUAGUUGAUCAUGGCUCUUUCUUAUAGUAUAUACUUAUCCUGUGUUUGAAACCAAUGUUUCAAGUAAUAAAGAUUUGAGCCGGUUAUAUUCAUGAGAAACAAAUAUUUUUAUCUUUUACUACAUGCUCAAGUCUAAAUUCAAAGCCGGAUGAUAGUUAAUAAAACUUUAUUUACAUUCUUAUUAUCG